AUGAAAGGAGGCGUGAAGAGAACCAGGGUAGGCGGAGGCGGGUACAAAGCGAUCACGAAGAAGUACGACAAGUACACGCUUCGGUCGUCCCUGACGGAGGUGGCGGGGUGGAGUGACGAUGCAGUGGAGCUCUACGAUUUAGGAAACGCCCAUGUUAUCUUUGAGAACGGCUUCAUCGAAUCACUCAAUGACGCAUCCCUGUCGAGCAACCAAGUCGGUGCGGCGGCCAAGAUGAAGCAGUUGUGA